ACGUCAUCAUCACGCGCCACAUUCAAGCAUAAACAAACCGCGGCAGCUGAGGAUCAGUUGAAUUCAUACAAAGACGCUAUGAUAUCGCCUGACGAACAUGUCGAUGCCGGAGUUUGUUCAGUUUCAUGAUGUUUCAGCAGGAAGCAGCGGCGGAACACAUCCGAUAGAAGCCUGGAUGCAGCAGUUAUCUGAAGACGGAAAUCCGUUCACUUUCACACCGCAGAUUCUUCAUCUUCACAAGGAUCACGAGCUGUUUGAGGAUGGAGAUAUCCAGAGACACUUAUACCUACGGGACCUCUACAUCUCAGAGACAGAGGAAAAGACAACGCUCAGUGUUUCAGAAUUUGCUUGUCACAUCUUUGGCUGCCAUGCACGCUUUAAUUUGCUGCAAGAGUAUGAGCAUCACUACAACUCCUUGCACAGAAAUAUGUGCAGCUCCUGCCGUCGCUGCUUUCCUUCUGCCCGUCUCCUUGACAUUCACAUCCAGGAGUGGCACGACUCUCUCUUUGCUGUCCUUGCCCAGAAGCAAGACAUGUACCUGUGUUUGGUGGAAGGCUGUGAACUGAAGUUCAGAACUGCAAAGCAAAGGAAGGAUCAUCUAAUAAGAAUUCACAAGUAUCCCCCUGACUUCAGAUUUGAUAAACCUAAAAAGGAAAGAGGAAACAAAGACAGAAGAGGCCAGGAGCAGAAAGUCAUCGAGCCCAUCGAUGAUGUGUGUCAGUCUGAGGGUGUUUGUGAGGAUAUUUGCAACCCAAUGUCUGACCAACCUGAGAAAGAAGAGUCCAUGGAGGUUUGUGAGAAAGAAGCGGCCCACAUGGAGGAUAUGCCCACUCCAGUUCAGGAUUCAGAAGUGAAUACCCCCACAUCAAAACCUCAGUCCUCUUACAGGAUUCCUAAAAGUGUGUGCUUUGGUCACGGAUCAAGCCGAGGCUUCAGAGGUCAACGUGGACGGAGGAAGUGAAACAUUUCCAUCAACUUUUCCUUUAAAAUUCUAAAUAUAUUGCCUUUUAAACUAUACAUUUAGGUAAUUUAUGUAAUUAAAGGUUUUGCAUAACAGAAAA